AGCCAUUACAGAAGCUUAGCUGGUCGUUUUGCCUUGUGUUAUUGCAAAAUUUGCCGGUUCAUAUCAAUAAAUUAGUUUAAUGUUUCUCACACUGUGAAAUAUUCGAUUUAUUAGCUGACGAGCUGUUCGUGUUUAGUUGUUAAUGUGUGACAUAUAUCUGUAAGGAUGUCUACUACAGAGGAACCUAUUGAACAUCCUGAAAUGGGAGAAAAUUCGAGUGCGUCUUCGUCGGACACGGCAUCUAAAGGCGAAGAUUUCGAUACGAAAAUUGAAACGGAUCGUGGACGGAGAUUUGAUUAUUUGUUGAAACAAACAGAGAUUUUUUCCCAUUUUAUGAACCAGAAUAAAACACCUUCCAAGGUUAAAUCUGGACGACCCAAGAAGAUCAAGGAACCAGAUACCGUUAACGAUCAUCGUCAUCGUAAGACAGAACAAGAAGAAGAUGAAGAACUUUUAGCUGAAACAAAUACCAAAGCUAAACCUACAGUUCGUUUUGAUGCUUCGCCUUUUUAUAUAAAAAAUGGUGAAAUGAGGGAUUAUCAAGUUAGAGGUCUGAAUUGGAUGGUUUCUUUGUAUGAAAAUGGAAUCAACGGAAUAUUAGCUGAUGAGAUGGGUCUUGGUAAAACAUUACAGACCAUCUCCCUCCUAGGUUUUAUGAAGCAUUACAAAAACAUCCCUGGGCCUCACAUAGUUAUCGUUCCCAAAUCUACAUUGCAGAAUUGGAUGAACGAAUUUGAAAAAUGGUGUCCUUCUCUGCGCACUGUGUGUCUUAUUGGUCUCCAGGAAGAAAGAAAUGCGCUCAUUCGAGAUGUAAUGAUGCCGGGGGAGUGGGAUGUUUGUGUCACAUCUUACGAAAUGGUCUUGAAAGAAAAAUCUGUGUUCAAAAAGUUCAACUGGCGAUACAUGGUAAUCGACGAAGCUCACCGUAUUAAAAAUGAAAAAUCUAAACUGUCAGAAUAUCUCAGGGAAUUUAAAACGACGAAUCGUUUACUGCUGACAGGUACUCCCCUACAAAACAACCUCCACGAGUUGUGGGCCCUGUUAAAUUUCUUAUUACCGGACGUUUUCAAUUCGUCUGAGGAUUUCGAUGCUUGGUUCAAUACCAAUCAAUGUUUGGGCGAUAACCAACUCAUUGAACGUUUACAUGCUGUGCUCAAGCCUUUCUUGCUCAGAAGGUUGAAGUCUGAAGUGGAGAAAAGGUUGAAGCCAAAGAAGGAAAUAAAAGUUUACGUAGGUUUAAGUAAGAUGCAAAGAGAAUGGUACACGAAGGUACUGAUGAAAGACAUCGACGUUGUUAACGGAGCUGGAAAAGUAGAAAAAAUGAGGCUUCAAAACAUUCUUAUGCAACUGAGGAAAUGUACCAAUCACCCAUAUUUGUUCGAUGGAGCCGAACCUGGACCGCCCUACACAACCGAUGAACAUUUGGUUUAUAAUUGCGGUAAAAUGGUGAUAUUAGAUAAACUUUUACCGAAGUUGCAAGAACAGGAGUCCAGGGUUCUUAUAUUCUCUCAAAUGACCAGGAUGUUAGAUAUAUUGGAGGAUUAUUGCCAUUGGAGACAGUAUCAGUAUUGCCGUUUGGACGGUCAAACGCCCCACGAAGACAGACAGAGGCAGAUCAACGAGUACAAUGAGCCCAACAGCAAAAAAUUCAUUUUCAUGUUGUCGACUCGUGCGGGUGGUUUGGGUAUCAAUUUAGCCACUGCCGACGUCGUCAUUAUAUACGAUUCUGAUUGGAACCCGCAGAUGGACCUCCAGGCCAUGGACAGGGCCCAUCGUAUCGGUCAGAAGAAGCAAGUGAGAGUGUUUAGGUUCAUUACUGAAAACACUGUCGAAGAAAAAAUCGUAGAAAGGGCUGAGAUCAAACUUCGCCUGGAUAAACUCGUGAUACAGCAAGGAAGACUGCAAGAUUCCAAAGCGCAAAGUUUGAACAAAGACGAGAUGCUGAACAUGAUCAGACACGGUGCAAAUCACGUGUUUGCUUCUAAGGACUCUGAAAUAACGGACGAUGAUAUCGAUACCAUCUUGCAAAGAGGAGAAGAAAAGACGCAAGAAAUGAAGCAGAAGUUGGACUCCUUAGGCGAGUCCUCUCUACGUAACUUCACCGUGGACACGCCCAACGAACACUCGACGGUGUACCAUUUCGAAGGCGAGGAUUACAGGGAAAAACAGAAAUCGAUCGGUUUGAACACAUGGAUCGAACCCCCUAAACGAGAGAGGAAAGCUAAUUACGCAGUGGACGCUUAUUUCAGGGAGGCUCUGAGAGUGUCUGAACCGAAAGCGCCGAAGGCACCAAGACCGCCAAAACAGCCAAUAGUCCAAGACUUCCAAUUUUUCCCGCCUCGUCUAUUCGAGCUCCUCGACCAAGAGAUCUACUUCUACAGAAAGUCCCUGGGUUAUAAGGUCCCCAAGAACUUCGAGUUGGGACCGGAAGCGACGAAACAACAGAAAGAAGAACAGAGAAAGAUCGACGACUCCGAACCGUUGACCGAAGAAGAGCAACAGGAGAAAGAACAACUAUUGACCCAGGGUUUCACGAACUGGAGCAAGAGGGACUUCAAUCAGUUCAUAAAGGCCAACGAGAAGUAUGGCAGGGACGAUAUAGAGAAUAUAGGAAAGGAGGUGGAGGGAAAGACUCCCGAAGAAGUCAUGGAAUACUCUGCGGUGUUCUGGGAGCGUUGCCACGAGCUGCAGGACAUCGACAAGAUCAUGGCUCAGAUAGAAAGAGGAGAGGCUAAAAUCCAGAGACGGGCUGGUAUAAAAAGGGCGUUAGAGGCUAAAAUGGCGAGGUAUAGGGCCCCCUUCCACCAACUCCGCAUCUCCUACGGUACGAACAAGGGGAAGAACUACAUGGAAGAGGAAGAUCGUUUCCUAAUCUGCAUGUUGCACAAGUUGGGUUUCGAUCGGGAGAACGUCUACGAAGAACUGAGGGCUGCGCUCAGGGGUUCACCCCAGUUCCGGUUCGAUUGGUUCCUGAAGUCGCGAACGGCGAUGGAACUGCAGAGGAGGUGUAACACUCUGAUCACUCUGAUCGAGAGGGAGAACGCGGAGUUGGAAGAGAGGGAGAAGAACGAGAAGAAGAAGAAGAAUCCGAAGGUCGCGUCUUCUUCCGGUACGCCCACGCAGGUUCCGACUAAAACCGGACAGAAGAGGAAAAACGAUUCGAUGGGUGGCGUGCCGGAAAAGAAGAAGAAGAAAAAGUGAACGUUGACGAGUUUUAGUUGAAUUUUGUGAAACUUCAAAUUUGAAAUUUAUUUAUUCUGUGGAUCCUGAGCGUGUUAGAUUUAUUUACUUGAGUACAUUUGUUAUUAUUUUUUAAUAAAUGAAGAGUCGCGCAAA